AAAAACAGCCACACAAGUUUUUCUCUCUUCUUGUCCCCUUUUCUUUAUAGCAUUUUGGUUUACCCCUUUCUAAACUUACCCUUUUCUGCUAAACGCAUCGUUCAAAGCCGGAGGCCGUUACCGACGUCAGAACUCUUCAAGCUCUCCCUUUCUUUGACAUUUAAGUGAACCAAUUAAGCGGACCGUACAGUUUGACGCAACCAGUUUGGCAUCUGUGACACUAAGAUCUAAUCAUCUGUCUGAACAUACUCACCAUGAAGUUCUUAGAAUACACUCCGCUUGACCGAAUAAAUGAUUUCCUGAGUGAAUUAAACCUUGGUGAACGUACCAUCAAAGGAAGCCUUGAAGCAUACUCUUGCAAACACACAGGAACAGAUAAAAGACUAUCUCUCAGUUUGGAGAAUGAGAUCCUUGACUAUCUUGGGAAAUCUUCAGAUACUGACUCCUCUUCGCCAGUUGAAUUCCUGUUGAGCAGAUCAAGCCGGAAGACAUUGAUCUACUUGGUGCUUACCCUCUAUCACAUGUAUCCAGAUUAUGACUUCAGUGCAGUUAAAGCACACCAGUUCUUCACAGAGGAAAGCUGGGAUAUUUUUAAGCUGAUAUUUGAUACCUACAUGCUUGAAGCAUCAAAGGAAUGGACUGAGACAUAUGGGGGCAGUUCCCUCCUGGAAACACUGUAUAAGGCUCUAGAUGAGGUUGUGAAACUCUCGGAGUGUGAAAUUUACAGUUAUAAUCCAGACUCUGAUGCAGAUCCCUUUCUAGAGAAAGGAGCAAUAUGGUCAUUCAGUUUCUUCUUCUACAAUAGAAAACUAAAGCGUGUAGUGAGUUUCAACUUUUGCUGCUUAAGUAACUUGGUGGCUGAUGGAUUUCUUGCUGACAACUUAUGUUAUGAGGAAGAUAGUGAAAUAUUUGAUAACAUGGACAUGUGACCAUGAAAAUGUACAUACUGCUUGUACAAAAUUUCAAAACCCUUUGACAUUGGUCUGUUACUGUACUUUGCUAUGUACACAUGUAGUCGGUAAUUGCGCCACAUGUAAUUUGGGGAAUAAAUGGUGAUGUCUAUAA